AUGCCUCGUCGUUUGAUUACACCCGGCCGCUCCUGCCUUGAAUGCCGACGGAGAAAAAUCAAAUGCGAUCGCUCGCACCCAUGCGCGUAUUGUGUCAAAGUUCGCAUCAAUUGCAAAUAUCCGGCGUCUCGGCGGGAUAUUGAUGAUGAACCCUAUGCUCGUGACUUUACGGCCCUGAAAUCAAAGGUGCUGGCUCUGGAGAAGCGCCUCGCUGAACUUGGGGAACCUGUGCAGUCAGACUCGACGGAACAUGGGCCAGCAUCGACGCCAUCAACGCAAAGCCAAGUGUCCCCCCAGACUCAUGCUGGCAUCACAUCGUCCCACCCUUCGGCAGGCCGAACGGGGCCGAUGACGCUGGUCAAGGCCCGGGGCCCGAUAAACCUGAAUGUAUACCGCCCACCACCGCAGACGAUGGCGGUGCUGUGGCAGAUAUACCUCGACGUCGUGGACCCUGUGCUGAAACUCUUCCAUGUUCCGAGUGUGCAGAAACUUAUCACACAAACGAUCCGAGGUCGUGACAAGGUAGAACCAGCAUUGGAAUGCCUGCUUUUCGCGAUUUACUACGCGGCCGUUGCUGCUAUCACGCCGUCUGUCUGCAAGGAGGAGUUGGAUGAAGGCAGAGCGGCUUUACUGAAGCGAUAUCGAACGGUCAUCGAGAACCUCCUAUCGCGCCUCGACCUUCUACACUCGACCGACAUGAUAGUUUUACAAAGUCUGGCGCUCUACCUCAUCACCGCUCGAAACGACCCAGACGGUCCCGACGUCUACUCACUCACCGGCCUUGCCACCGGCAUGGCGCUGAAGAUGGGUCUAAAUCAGGAUCCAGAGGCACAGGGGUUCACGCCCUUUGAUUGUGAAAUUCGUCGUCGACUAUGGUGGCAGAUCUUCACGCUUGACACCCGGGUCGCCGAGGAGAGGGGCUCAGAACCAUGUAUCAUGGAGUCAGCUGUGAACACACGCCUGCCAUCAAACAUCGCAGACGCGAAUCUCCAUCCGGCUAUGACUCGCCUUCAAGGCGCUAAAGAAGGCCGAACGGAGAUGUUAUUUAGCCUGGUCCGUUUCGAAGGGAGUUAUUUCGCGCGACAGAUGGUGUUCUCGGCGAAGUUCGCAAGGGAGAAUGAAUACACAGCUCUGUCAUCAGAACAAAAGGCUCAGGCAAUCGAGUGUUUCCAGAGUCGGAUCCAGAAGCAGUACCUGGUUCAUUGUGACGAGGGCAUACCGCUUGAUAGGGUCAUCGCCAGGUCCAUCAGACUUAUUCUCGACAAGCUCAAGCUGACGGUGCUUGAACAGACGAGUGCGAAGGAGACUCUUUCACGGAAGGAACGAGUGCAAAGACAGCAGGCCUGGAUGGGGAUUCUAAAAGACGCUGAAGAACUCCGGUCGCAUAAGGAUGCGCAGUGGCUCUGGCUGUUCCAGGUGUACAUCGAAUGGGAUGCGCUCGUACAUCUGCUUCGACAUCUUCGUGCCCAUGCGGAUAGUACUGGCAACUGUGACAAUGAAGCAUGGGAACUGGCAAACAGGGUUUAUUCGCAUUGGCAGGGGUCCAAAUUUGUACGGCGGGAUUACCGAUGGAGGGAGAUUGAAGAGCUGUGGCUUCAGCUGGUGGAACGGCGGAAGCAAAUAUCACUUUCUAGACGCAGAAACGCUGCGGCUUACCAGUUGACCUCCAUGGGCAGGAGCGAUGCCCACCAGACCUCUGGACUUGCCCUUUCACUCUUUGAGGCACUUGAUAAAGCCAUUACUCCGACACUUCUCCAAAGUCAUCAUAAGUACCUCGAACUUCCCUCCACAAUACCAACUCAGUGUCUUUUCCCAGCGAACCUCCAAUUCUCAAUCCUCACCUUGAUUACCCUCCUUGAACCAUCCAUCAAGUCAUCCACCAUGUCGCCUUACAACAAGAAACCAACCGCCACCGAGUCCAAGGACUCACCUCAUUCCUCCACAACCCCCCUGCUUUUUGAACAACAGAGGAAACCCGUCGAGAAGCCCAAGGAUGAAAAGAAGCCCGUCAAAAAUACCAAUGAUGAAAAGAAGCUGGCAGAAACCGAAACCCCCAAGUGGUACACCCGUCUCCUCGAAAAGCUCCCCUGCAACGAACCCGAAGACUACACGCUGUACAUCGGCCUCCCAACCGCAGAGUUCAAGAUGAAAGACCGAGUGUACGGCGGGCACACGGUGAUCCUACAAGGCAAGAAAAGCAAAGCGUGCCAGUGGUGGUACGGGACCGGACGAAGCAUAACCCCAGAAGAAAACUCCUCACCAACCCACGAGUCUCACCCUACCAAGAACCGGGAGAAGCGGUGCAAGCUGCACGAAGUGGUUGAGGUUGGCGUGCUAAAGGCCGAGCACUAUGUGAAGUUUGCGGCGAUUAUGGCGAAGCUGGACAAGGGCGUUCGUAGCGGUCCUCUGGUCUACUGGGCGCUUGAGACCGCGCGGAAGGAGGAGCUGUUGCGGUGGAAGGAUGUCGAGUUGGCUUUCUGCGUGUUGGGGCUGUCUUCAGCUUAUCCUUUACCUUGA